CGUCGAUGUCGUCUUAGGCAUGGCAGAGGAAGUCGACUGUUCACAGUACUUGAGAGCGAAAGAUCCAGCUCGUGAAGAAGCAAAGAUUGAUUUGAGGAGAAGCCACUUAAGAACAGGCGCUAUUGUUGGCGUUUAGAUCCUGACUUGAACUAUGAAAAGAUCGAAACGGUUUUUCCUAACGAGCAGCUAGUUCACGGAGAUAACCCCAUCGCUCCAGGUUCUCCAUCUCCAGGAAUCAUGACUUCUUCUGCCGUCAGCGAAAUCACUCUCACCCUAGGACUCGCGAACCCGAGCGUUUGGCCUGAAUCCCCAACUUUGCGGGCAAAACCACCAAGUCCUCCGAAUGCUGUAUCGAUUCCGAUGAGUGGGUUGCCGUCAUCGCUAAGCACAUUGCCGACACCUUUGAGUGACAUUACCUCUUCAGCAAGCGGAAAUCUUGUACCUACAUCAGGGCUCCCUCCUUCGGAUGAUGGGACGAAGGGUCCAGCUAAUGUAUCUGCACCAGACAAAGCAAUGCCUGUUGCACCAGGAACUGAUACAGGGGUUGUGGGAAACAUGCCAUCACCCCCAAAGGGCACACCACAACUCCCGAAGAACCUACCGAGUCCGCACAACGUUAUGCCAUCCCCUCAAAAUGUUGCGACCUCUCCGCCAACGGGCAUGCCUGAGAUGGCUGGAAUGUCAGGAGUACCAACGCCGAAAAUAGGUGGACCUGCAUCCAGUGGAGUUAGGACGACUUUAAACAAUGGGCAAACAAGAAGCGGCGUUGGAGGCGUGGAGACGUCAGCAGGGCAGAUUGGAAACAAUGGCGGACUGACUUCACACAUGUUCAGUCCAUUCUUAGCUAUAAUUUCAAUCUUGGCGGGACUUCAAUUUUGAUGUUUUAGCUCUUCAGGGACGCCAUGAAGAUGCACAGUGAACGCAAGUUUCUUUAUGUAAAUCUUGAUUCUAUGGAAUGAGUUAUGAACAAGUGAAUAUUUAGUACAGAGGAUCGUGUUCCAGGC